AGUGCUGGCAAACCCCGGCAACAGCCAAGUGGCCCGCGUGGCGGCCGGCUUGCAGAUCAAGAACUCCCUGACGUCCAAGGACCCCGACAUCAAAGCCCAGUACCAACAGAGAUGGCUCGCCAUCGACGCCAACGCCCGCAGGGAAGUCAAGAACUACGUGUUGCAGACGUUGGGGACAGAAACGUACCGGCCCAGUUCCGCCUCCCAGUGCGUGGCCGGCAUCGCGUGUGCGGAGAUCCCCAUGAACCAGUGGCCCGAACUCAUCCCCCAGUUGGUAGCGAACGUCACGAACCAGCACAGUACGGAGCACAUGAAAGAGUCGACGUUGGAGGCCAUUGGCUACAUCUGCCAGGAUAUCGAUCCAGAGCAGCUCCAGGACAAAUCCAAUGAGAUCCUGACAGCCAUCAUCCAGGGAAUGAGAAAGGAAGAGCCCAGCAACAAUGUGAAGCUAGCAGCUACUAAUGCACUCCUGAACUCUUUGGAAUUCACCAAAGCAAACUUUGACAAAGAGUCUGAAAGGCACUUUAUUAUGCAAGUAGUCUGUGAAGCAACGCAGUGUCCAGAUACGAGGGUACGAGUGGCUGCCUUACAGAAUUUGGUGAAGAUAAUGUCCCUUUAUUAUCAGUAUAUGGAGACAUACAUGGGUCCUGCGCUUUUUGCUAUAACUAUUGAAGCAAUGAAGAGUGACAUAGAUGAGGUGGCUCUACAGGGCAUAGAGUUCUGGUCAAAUGUCUGCGACGAGGAGAUGGACCUGGCUAUAGAGGCGUCUGAGGUGAGCUCGCGAGCGGCCGCUGGGAUCGUCUGA